AUGCGUUCUACAUUUCAUUUGGUGUGGCUGUUGAAUGGUUUAGUUGUGAUAUCAGAUGCUCAGACAGUGAAUCUUGGAGUCUGCUCAAAUGAAGGCGACCCUCUACAAUGCUGUCGUAAUUACAAACUACGUGGUGAUUCAUGUGAAGAAUGUUGGCCAGGCACCUUUGGCAUAGAUUGUAAGGAGGACUGUCCUGACGGGUUCUAUGGACCUUUAUGUGCAGAAGUCUGUAAUUGUUCUUCAUGCGACAAAGUCUCUGGGUGUCAUUCUUCAACUCAGACUGAUAAGGAUAUCAAUUUUAUUUCAGAGAAUUCCAAUAAUGAGAGCGUUAUCAUUGGUUCAUCAUUGGCAGGAAGUCUUACUUUCAUAAUAGUUAUCGUCAUCUACUGCAAAAAGAGCAGAAACAGAACCUUAAUGACUCCAGAUUCAUUGAUUCAAAAAGGCGGAUUACAAGUCAGUACGAUACCAUUGAAUCGAUUCCCUCAACUCAGUCCAUCUUCCAGUAACGAAGCUAAUAGUGGCGAUCCAGAAUCAACAUUUCACGGCGGGAAGUUUGAACCGUUAGAACCUCAAAUGUGUUGUCAGCAAAAUGAUUUUACUGAUAAUUCGAUAAGUUCAAAAGAGAAUAGUCAUGCUAAGCUGUUGUCAUCAGACAGUGUGUACUGUCAUAUGAACAUGGAAGUCGACCAUUACGACAUAAUAGAUUUGCCAUUCGAUAGUAGUCAGGAAACUGAUGAAGACUUCUACUCUCCACACAGUUCAAACAGUUGUUGCAAUAAUACAGACUCGGGGUGUUCAUCGAAAAACAGCGAAAAUGGAUCUUUAUUGUCCGUAAAGCAGUGCAGCGAAACUCUAAACAAAAAUUCACAAACAGCAGAUAUAUUUGGAACCCAUGACAUCCGCGAAAUAGGACAUUUUAAAACUGGUAUGAUGAAGAAAAAUGGAAUUUCAUCAGUAAAGGUGAAGAUAGAAGCAAUGCACUUAGAAGAAUUGUCAAGAAAAUUGCGUAACUUUCAACAGUACCCUGAAGAUACCGAAUUCAAUGAUUUGGUGUAG